CUUGAGGUUCUGGCUGGAUCCGCCUAGAGCUGUGUUUGUCGUUUGUUCACAGACUCAGGGAAAUCUUACUCAAAACUAGACUGUGUCUUUGUUCUUGUUUUGCCAUGUCUGAUGCCACAAGUGUAUAAUGAGUUGUCUCAUUCUCGUUGUAUCGGUUGGAAACACUGGUCGUAAUGGCCGUCGACAAAUAUUCGCUGGUACACAUACAAGAGAAGGCUGUUCACGUGCCUUUACCACCUUCUUACAUCGGAUCUCGAAAUCGGGGUGUGCGCCAACUACUUGACAGCUGGAAAGGACAAUACGUGCAAAGGCUGCAUGGGAUACUGUUGCGCUACGAGAGGCUUCGUUUCCAGCACCGUUCAAGCGCCAUCAUCGACGAUCAGCCUUACGUGCACGAUGAUGUGGUUGCAGAUUUUUACGUCUUCACCCCCGAAGUGGGCAGCAUCGUUCGGGGAUGCAUUAACAGGAUGACAAAAAGCCACCUGGGUUGCCUCAUUCACGGCUCCAUCAACGGCUCCAUUCCCUACAAUCCCCAACUUGUGCCGUACUUGCGCGUGGGACAGGAAGUCCUGUGCAAAAUCCAGUUAGUGUAUAUGCACAAAAACCAUACUCUCAGGCUUGGCGCGACCAUCGACCGCCAAUGCGUGCAGUUAAUGUUGGAGAGUGGCAUUGCAUGUCCUCCUGAUUGGAGUGAUGGAGUGCUGAGUGAAGACCAAGAGCAGGGCUGGCUUGAGUGCGAAGCAGCAGAAAAAUCCAAGAAAGGGAAAAAGAAUAUGGAUCCUUACGACUCUGAUGAGACAGUGGCCCUUGAACCCCUCAACGAGGAGCGUCAAACAGAGAAAAGAAAUGCGUCUCACAAGAAGCACAAAAGACAGCAUGUUAAAAGCGUCCGCUCAUAACCAGAAAUAAAACGCACAUCUUACAAACA